UAAGUCACCAGCUCUUCUAGUCUGAUAAAGGGACCAGCAAAGAUUAAACGAAAGGGUCCUCAUAUCUGGUCAACCUAUCAUAAAGGAAACCAAGGGCAGCCGGCUUACAGUGGCUGAGCACUUCCGCCCACAAGGAAGAUGGCCACGUCUGCAGACCACGUGGCCUGCGCCCUUCCUGCACCAUAAUCAAAAUGGCAACGCCCAUCAAACCACGUGGUGUGAAUCCCUUCUGCCCGCAAACAAGAUGGCACUGCCACGUGGUAGGGUGCGGUCUUUGUGAUUGGUCGCAGUGGGCGUGACGCUUUAGAAGUGGACCGGCUGCUCCUAAGGGGUGCUUGUGGCCUGAGAUCUCAGCGGCGCCCAGUCGGCCGCGCGGCUGGGGGAUGCUGCGGCCGCUGCCCAAGCGCCUCGGGAGGUUACUGAGCCGCACCAUGAGCCACCGCGAGACCGAUCCGCGCGCCGCCGGGAAGCGGGUGGCAGGGCUGGGGAAUUAUGGGCUGCGAGGAACCCGACAUAACGUGGGAAUGGCGGUGCUCAAUCAUCUGGCCCAGAAGUUGAAUGUCGCUGCCCAGUGGAAAGUGGACAGACGCUGCUGUGCAGACGUGACCAUCGCUAAUGUGGAGGAAGCAGAGCUGGUGCUGAUGAAACCUCGGCGGCUCAUGAACAUCAAUGGACUCAGUGUAGCAAGCGCUGCUGAAACUUACGACCUCGGGGUAGAAGACAUUUACCUGGUUCACGACGACCUGGACAAGCCGCUGGGGAAGAUGGCGAUAAAGCUGGGAGGCAGCGCAAGUGCAUGGUGCGGCUCAGGGUUGGCAUCGGCCGGCCGGUGGGGGAAGCCAUGGUGGAUCGCUACGUGCUGGGCCGGUUCACCAGCGCUGAGCACGAGGUCCUGCAGCGUAUCCUGGAGCAGGCGGCCGGCCUCCUGCUGGAACACAUCCUGCAGAGGAGCAGCGGCAAGGACCACACGCCCCCUGGCGACACGGGGGACAGGACACCUCCUUAACCCCAGGAGCUGGGGGAGUUUUUAUGAAUAUGGUGCUGACGGAAAGCAGUGGUCCUGGACUCCUUCAUGGGCCUCUGGGCACAGCUGCCGGGGUGGGCUGGGGGAGCUAAGCAGAGAGCACUGACCCCAGGAAGCUCCUGGCAAUGAAACUGGUGGGGGAGGUGGCGGACUGCCAAGCAGGUGCUAUUCCUGCACCCCCCCCGCACUCCCCUGUCAGGUGACAGGCUUCUCCCAACCCCACUAGCGCUGGCAAAGGCAGCCCGGUAGAUGGCCUGGCUCCACCUGGCCAAGUGCCCGUGCCUGGCGCUGCAGCACCAUGGGGAGUAAGGAGGAGCC